CAAAAUGCAAACACGUGUGGGUUAGCGGUGGAGGAAGAAGCAUGUGUAAUGUCAGCUUUGUAUAUUUACACUUCCACUGACUUGUAUAAAGGAACAAAUAAGUAGAUAAAUGCGUCAGGGUUAAGGGAUAUUCACUAAAAUGAAGUUCGCCUACAGGUUUUCCAAUCUGCUCGGAGCAGUCUAUCGUCAGGGGAAUUUGAAUUUCUCUAAAGAUGGCAACGCUGUGAUCAGUCCGGUUGGAAACAGAGUCUCUGUCUUUGACCUGAAAAACAACACAUCUGAGACAUUACCCAUCUCCACAACAAAAAACAUAACAUGUGUGGGUCUCUCUCCUGAUGGACAUUUAGCAAUCGUGGUGGAUGAAGAUGGCGCAGCGCUGUUGGUCAGUCUCAUCACCCGAGCCGUCCUUCAUCAUUUCCACUUUCACAAGCCUGUCAGCAGCAUCCGCUUCUCACCUGACGGCAGGAAGUUUGUCGUUACGAAGGAGAACGUCGCUCUGAUGUACCACGCGCCUGGAAAGCAGCGGGAGUUUAACGCUUUCGUGUUGGACAAGAGCUACUACGGUCCCUACGAUGAAACCACCUGCAUCGACUGGACGGACGACUCCAAGUGUUUUGUGGUGGGCAGCAAAGACAUGUCAACGUGGGUGUUUGGUGCAGAGCGCUGGGCCAACCUUAUCUACUACUCCCUGGGUGGACACAAGGAUACCAUCGUGGGUUGUUUCUUUGAGAAAGACAGCCUGGAUUUGUAUACGGUGAGCCAGGACGGGACGCUGUGUGUCUGGGAGAGCGACACCGAGCUGGACGGCCUCGUCCUGAAGAAGAACCGGGACAAGCCCAAGACCCCUAUGCAAGGGGACGAAGAGGAGGAGGGUGAGGAGGAGAGGAUGGAGGGAGAGGAGGGAGAUGUCAUCAGAGGGAAAGCUGAAUCUCCAAAAGAGAAGACCAAAAACGUUCGAUACAAGCAGAGGAGCAAACACUUCUUUAACAAAGAGGGGGAUUUUAACAACUUGAUAACCGCCGCCUACCACAAGCCGACUCACAUCCUGGUCACAGGUUUCGCCUCUGGAAUCUUCCACCUGCACGAACUUCCAGAGUUUAACCUUAUACACUCCUUAAGUAUUUCAGACCAGAGAAUCACCUCAGUGGCUAUAAACAGCUUUGUAGACUGGUUCGCCUUUGGGUGCUCAGGGAUGGGUCAGCUGCUGGUGUGGGAAUGGCAGAGCGAGUCGUAUGUCUUCAAGCAGCAGGGACACUUCAACAACAUGGCCUCGCUGGCUUACUCACCCGACGGACAGCACAUCGCAACAGGGGGCGACGACGGCAAAGUCAAAGUGUGGAACACCAACAGCGGCCUUUGCUUCGUCACCUUCACAGAGCACACCAGCAGCGUCACCAACGUCACCUUCACCUCCAGCGGCUUCGUCAUCGUCAGCGCUUCUCUGGACGGGACGGUCAGAGCGUUCGACCUGCACAGGUACAGAAACUUCAGGACAUUCACAUCGCCUCGGCCUGCGCAGUUCUCCUCUCUCGCAGUAGAUGUCAGUGGAGAGCUGGUGAGCGCGGGAGCUCAGGAUUCCUUUGAGAUCUUUCUGUGGUCCAUGCAGACAGGCAGACUGCUGGAGGUCCUUGGAGGCCACGAGGGUCCCGUCAGCUGCCUGUGUUUCAGUCCGGUCCAGUCCAUCCUGGCCAGCGCCUCAUGGGAUCGCACCAUCCGGCUGUGGGACAUGUUGGACAGCUGGCAGGUCAAAGAAACACUUGCCCUCAACUCUGAUGGUUUGUCAGUGACUUACCGCCCUGAUGGUCAGGAAUUGGCUGUGGCCACCCUCAACGGUGAGAUCUCUUUCUGGAACCCGCACACGGCCACACAAACCGGCUCCGUGGCUGGACGCCAUGACCUGGAGAUGGGCCGCAAAGAGACAGAUAAAAUCACAGCCAAACAGUCUGCAAAGGGAAAGUCCUUCACGUCGCUGUGUUAUUCUGCGGACGGGGAGUCGAUUUUGGCGGGAGGCCAGUCCAAGUUUGUCUGCAUCUACAACGUCAAGGAGCAGAUGCUCAUGAAGAAGUUUGAGAUCUCCUGCAACCUGUCCUUUGAUGCCAUGGAGGAGUUCCUGGACCGACGGAAGAUGACGGAGUUCGGCAGCCUGGCUCUGGUGGACGAGGGAGCUGGAGACGGAGACAGCGUCAACAUCAGCCUCCCUGGAGUCAGGAAAGGUGAUAUGAGUUCUCGCCACUUCAAGCCAGAGAUCAGAGUGAGCUCGCUGCGGUUCUCCCCUACUGGUCGUAGCUGGUCUGCCACCACCACCGAAGGCCUGCUGGUCUACUCCCUCGAUGGAUCUCUGGUCUUUGACCCGUACGACCUCGACCUGGACGUGACGCCGGCCAGCAUACAUAAGCAGCUGCGGCUUCAGGAGUGGGCAUCGGCCAUCGUCCUGGCGUUCAGGCUCAACGAAAAAGCCCUGAAGCAGGAAGUGCUGGAAAAGGUGCCGCAUGAGCAGAUCCCGGUGGUUUGCGGCUCUCUUCCUGACAUUUACGUUGAGAAGCUGCUGGGCUUCGUGGCGGCGUGUUUGGAGAAGUCGGGUCACCUGCAGUUCUACAUGACCUGGGCCCAGAGCCUGCUCAUGCUGCACGGUCAGAAACUCAAGAACAGGUCAGGGGCCAUACUGCCCACGCUCCAGGCGCUGCAGAAGAGCAUCCAGAGACACUUUGACAAUCUGUCCAAACUGUGUGACUUUAACAUGUAUAACAUUCGCUACGCGGUGGCUCUGUCGAAACAGAGGGGCAUAAAGAGAGCAGCUGAGGAGGACGAGGAAAAGGAGGAGGAGGAGGAGGAAGGAAGGAGGAUGGGGAGGAUGAUGAACUGUCUGAGGAGAUGAGUGUGGCCUCUUUGGAGGGUGCAGACAUGAUCCUGUAGGCCUGAAGCCAAUCCACCUCCUUCCAACAACAAUAAUAAUGUUGGACUGUGAACAGAUUUUUGUGUAUUUCAAAAAACAUUAUGAUUGUAAACAGUUUUUUAUUAAAUGAUUAUAUGUAAAUGUG